CACGUUUUGAAAGGUCGGUGUCCGUACUAGGCCGUUUUGGUAGACGUACCGCGGCGUGUUGUUUGACCUCAGAGAUGUGAUCAAUUCUUGAUUUAGGUCAGCACCUCCAGUGUCGAUAACUAAGAAACUACGCAAAGGCAGCAGGCUUCGCAGGAUGAAAGGUGUUGCAUUGGUAACGGGAGCUGCGUCUGGGAUUGGCCGAGCAGUGGCGCAUGUGUUUGUGCUUGAAGGAUGUACGCGACUCGUUCUCUCUGAUUUGAAUGGCGAUGGCUUAAACACGGUGGCGGAGGAGUUGAAGGGACUCGACUCAGCUGUACAGACUUGCCUCGUCACUUGCGAUGUUUCGAACGAACUUGAUGUCGAAAGGAUGGUAGCUGAAGGGGUCAAAGCAUUUGGCGCAAUACACUAUUGUGUGAACAAUGCCGGCAUUCCAAGCAGCCCGAAACUCAGAACCCAUGAGCUUGAGGUCGAAUCCUUUGACCGCGUGCAGGCCAUAAACCUGCGAGGAGUAUGGAUUUGCCAGCGAGCAGAGCUCAGACAGAUGUUGAAACAGGGUCUCGAUUUGCAGCCACGGUCUCGCACGCCUCCCCAGAGAGGAGCCAUCGUCAACAUGUCGUCAAUAUUCGCGCAGGCUGCUCAUCCGCGCUGUGUGGCAUAUGUGGCCACGAAGGCAGGAGUCGUGGGCCUUUCCCGCUGUGAUGCGAUAGCAUACGGAAGAGACGGUAUUCGUGUCAAUUCUGUUUUGCCAGGAGCUGUCAAGACGCCUCUUAUCGAAGAACAGCUCAAGCUAGGCACAUACAGCGAAGAAGGACCUAGCAACGCCGUUCCCAUAGGCCGCUGGGCUGACCCGGCCGAAAUUGCCGAGGUUGUCGUGUUUCUCUGCAGUGAGAAAGCAAGCUAUGUCAACGGCGUGGAUGUCCUGAUAGACGGGGGCGCCGUGCAUAAAAGUCAGUGGUAGUCUGUCACGCAAUUUAAGUGAGUGGUAGACAACAUGUGAACAAGUUCGCACACUGGUAAGACUUUCUGGCAAUUUGAUAGUGUGCAUGUCCACAACCAAUCCCAUCCCGUUCGACAGUUCGAAGCU